UACAGGGAGGGGGGGGUGAGGUAUUUAAACGCCGGAGCAGGACAGCUCAGGCGAAGCUCCGAACUCCCUGAGAGUGGAGGCAGGACAGGAGGAAAAACAAGCUUGAGAACAGUUUUUCUGACACACCUAAAUAUCACUCACAGGACAGACACACGCACCCCCCCUCACACAGCCACUUCUGGACCUCGCCUCAUCUGUGGACUCCACACCCCGUCCCCCGGAGCUCGACCUGUGCCUUCCACGCUCCCAGUCAUCACUCCAGUCACCUCCAGCUCCUCCAACCCCUCAGCCGCCCGCUUGGUGAAGGGGGCAAAUGGCUGUGGCGCGGGCCUCUCUUGGGGGUCUUUUGGGCUGUCUCUUGCUUUGCCUGGCGCUGGGGAGCAGCAAUGUGGAUUUCGGGACCCCGCCGGCGAGCUUCUACCCCCGUUUUAACCCGUUCUUCUUCCUGUGCACCCACCACGCGGAGAUGGAGGGAGCCGGGGUGGCGGAGGGCGGCGGAGAGGUGUUGCUGACCCUCCAAAUCACAGGAAACCCCACGACCUACACCCCCGGACAGGAGUAUCAAGUCACCGUCUCUACCAGUGUGCCCUUUGAUGGUCUGCUGGUGACCGGCCUCUACACGUCCACGCCAGUCCAGUCUGCUCCCAUUCCUGCCCCAGCUGCGUUUGGCUUUGGUGUGAUACCGGAGCGCCAGUUUGCUGGAACCCAAUUUGUCUGCAGUGUUGUGGCUUCGCAUGUCAGCCAUCAGCCCUCCACCAGCUUCAGUUUUGUCUGGAUCGCCCCACCACCCGGCACUGGCUGCGUCAAUUUCCUAGCCACAGCAACACAUCGAGGACAGAUCAUUUUUAAGGAUGCUUUGGCCCAGCAGCUGUGCGAGCAAGGAGCUCCGACCGAGUCCCCUCUGCAACCCAAUCUCGUGGAGCUCCAUGCAAAACAUGCUGUGCUACGAGACGACUUUGACUCAAACAUCCCAGGAGAGUUAGACCCUAACAUAUG